AUGCAAUCAUCAAGUGCAGCCGUGCCAACAACAAGCACACAAACUGCAUCGACACAGUCACCACAGCAAGAAAUCUCUGUUGCUGGCGUCCGUGUAACAGUCGACGAGAAGAAGGAAGGGUCGAUUGCGGACAGUUGUAAGGGUGGCGGAAGUCAGGUUAACUUGAUGACAUCUGCGACUUCAAAUGGCGUAGCUCCACCAAAUCAAGCUUUUGCAAAUGCACCCAUGGUUCAUCAAGGAACGCCUGCUCUCGAUAAUCAGUUUCAUUCUAUGGGUAUGAACGAGGUUCCAAAUGUAGUACAUCAUGAAAAAGAGGGUCAUAGUGGAGAGACCGACGAUGACCAGCCCUUAAAACUAUUCGUGGGACAGGUUCCAAAAAGUUUAAGCGAAGAAGACAUCUUCCCUACGUUCGAUCCGUUUGGUCCUUUAAAAGAUGUCGCAAUAAUUCGAGACAAGCACACAGGUCUUCACCGGGGAUGUGCUUUUGUUACUUUCUGGGCUGCGAAUGAUGCAGAGCAAGCACAGGAAGCAUUGCAUGACAAAUUCACAUUUCCGGGUGCUCGUAGACCGGCCCAGGUGAAACCUGCAGAACCAACAGUGCCAGAAAAUAAACUCUUCAUUGGUAUGCUCUCUCGAAAAGCCAGUGAAGAAGAAGUCCGAGAACUCUUUGCUCCGUUUGGAGAUAUCAGGGAGAUAUAUAUGAUUCGGAAUGCGGAUGGUACAAGUAAGUGCGCAGCAUUUCUCCGAUUCAUGAAAAGAGAGUCGGCUUUGCAAGCCAUUGAAAAUCUGCAUAACAACAUUGUCAUGGACGGAUCUGCACGUCCAUUAAUAGUGAAAUUUGCUGACAAUAAACAUCAGCGACAGCAAAGGCAUAUGCGGAAUGCGAGGCGACAAGAACUUCUAGCAGUCAUGGGGGCAGGGCAAGGCUACCCAGCUUAUCAAGUCCCACCGCCAAUACCAAUGCACCCACAUACUGCGGGACAUCAAUACCCAAUUCCUCCUCAGUUUGCAGGGCCGUACUCGACCGGAAAUCCUCCCCAUCCGCAUGCACCGCCACCUCCGCCUCCACAUUUCAUGUACCCACAGUUUGGGCCAACUCCCCCGUAUGGAUACCAGACUCGCCACGACUCAAGACCGUCUAACCCUCGACCGCGAGAGGGUCCUGCAGGAGCAAACCUAUUCGUCUACCACCUGCCGCACGAUCUAACUGAUGCCGAUCUUGCGACAGCAUUUAACCCCUUUGGAAAUGUAAUCAGUGCAAAAGUAUAUGUUGAUAAGUACACGGGUGAAAGUAAAGGGUUCGGAUUUGUAUCGUAUGAUUCGGUCAUGUCGGCGGAGUCUGCAAUUGAGCAAAUGAAUGGGUUCCAGAUUGGAAAUAAACGACUGAAAGUACAGCACAAGCGCGUUCAUGGUCAGAACGGGAUAGCCCCACACCCUGAGGCCGCAACAAACCAGACUGGACCGACAGGUCAUCCGCAAGAACUGCAACAACUUUCAAUGAUCAACCCUUAG